AGGCAUUCCUGCGCACGCAUUGAGCCUCGCCUCGCCUCGCCUCUCGGAGCGCCUUCUCAGUCAGAAGCAGCAGCAGCAGAAGCUCGCUUGCGUGCCACCCUCCGCCGCUUAAUCCCCCUGGGCUGGAUUCUCCCGGGGAGCGAGCAGGAAAAGCCGUUUUCUAGCCGAGCGGCGCUCAUCGAGGACUUGUUGGAGAUGACAGCUGACCAGGGCGGACUGAGACGUAGGCAGCGAAGCACCCCACGCCGAGGAAGUUGCCGUGUGACUGGUGUGCUUCCUUCCCAGCUUUAGUGCUGUCCAGAUGGAGUCCCUGAUGAGCGCUGUGUCGCCUCGCUCCCCGGCGCCCGGCAAGAAGCUCUCCGAGGUGGACUUCCGUUCGGGCACGACCCUGGAGCAGCUGUCCACUCAAGUGUCGGAGCUGGUCCUACUGGAGCAGGGUGGCUUUGGCGACCAGACCGCCUUGGAGGUCCACACGGCCAAAGAUUUCAUUUUCAACAUGUUAGGUUUAGUCCAGAAGGUGGAUCAGCGCCUCCCGGUGGCCAAUGAAUACCUGCUGCUGUCCGGAGGUGCACGAGAGGGCGUCUUGGACCUGAAUCCGGAAGACCUGGGCAACUAUGCCAAAGGUGCCGACUUUGACCUGGACUUCACCCUCCUGGUGCCGGCCCUCAAGCUCCACGACCGCAACCAGCCCGUCACGCUGGACAUGAGACACUCGCCGCCGUGCCACUCGUGGCUCAGCCUGCGCCUGUGCGACUCCAACAUCUUGUCCCGCUGGAGCGUCUGCUGCCAGGAGGAGAGCGGACUUCCUGCUGAGGAAGAUGAGGAGGAAGAGGGGGAAAGGGGAAAAGGCUCUAUCCUGUCGCUAGACUCGCCUCAGUCUCUGGAUGGGUGCUACUUCUCCCCCACCCUGGUGACAGACUGGUUCUGGGGGGUGGUGAGCGAGGCGGUGGACGAGCUGCGCCGAAGCCCCCAGAGGGGCAUCCCCACCCCGGAGCGACUGGAGAGGAACGGACCGCUUGUGAGCAUCAUCCUUCAGGCGGGCUCUAGCAGGGUGCUGUACGACCUCCUGCCUGUGGUGUCCUUUCGGGGAUGGCCUGCCGUGGCUCAAGGCUGGCUGACGGCGAAUCACUUUUGGGACGGCAAAAUCACAGAGGAGGAGGCUAUCGCGGGCUUCUACCUGCUGCCUUACUGCUCACCGCUGGGUGGGCGGCCCGACCGGGAGUGGCGGCUCGCCUUCUCCCGCAGCGAGGUCCAGUUGAAGAAGUGCAUCCCGUUCCCCAUGGCGCAAGCUUUCCAAGCCGCCAAGGCGGUGCUGUCUCGCAUCCUGGCCCGUCCCCGUGCAGGCCUCAGCCUCUACCACCUGCGCACGCUUCUCUUCUGGGCCUGCGAUCGACUUCCCUCCGCCUAUCUGUCCUGCCUCGACUCGGACACGCCCGGCCGUCUCUUUCUGGGUCUCCUGGAUGACCUGGCGCACUGCAUCCUGGGUAAAAACUGCCCCAACUACUUCCUGCCACAGUGCAACAUGCUGGAGCACUUGACGGACAGCCAGGCUCUCCUGGUGGCCCGUAAACUAGCCCACGUGCGCUCCGAUCCCAGCGAGCACCUGCGGGCCGCUCUGGACCAAGCCCGCCAGGCGGGCCAGCUCAAGAAGGAGCUGGCUAGCAGCGCCAACGGCUCUCCGGGCCACCACCCCGUCAACGGCAUCAUCUCGCCUACCGAGGACAAGCUGGCCCAGCGUUUGCAACAGCUGGUCACCGAGAACCCCGGCAAAUCCAUCUCGGUCUUCCUCAACCCGGACGACGUCACCCGGCCGCACUUCCGCAUCGACGAUAAAUUCUACUAACGUCGCUUGAAGAUGGAAGGAACCGAAACGCCGUCAACAAGCCCGGAUCCCGCCGGGGCUGUUGCCAAGGCAAUCGCCGUCUCCGAACGAGCCGACAUUAACAACGCUGACGGGGGGCAUGCCGGCGAGGCCUCAGUGAAUUCCAUACGCUCCAAAAAAUAGGGGCCUAAAAUGUCCCCCGCCGGGGGAUUCUUCUUGAUCCUUUUUCCAUUUUAUGAUCGGCGUGUGAUGUUCACAAUCAGAAAGCAAGAACAGCGCGAGGAUGAUGGACCCGAAUGUAACGUAACGGCAGAGAACCUUCCGCGUCCCUUCUGGCUAACGUCCGACGUUUCUCUUCUGGUCGUCUUUCUCAGGGGCCGAGAAUCCGUACAUUGCCAAACGGAAGCUCUUCUUUCGCUUUGAUGAACAACGGAACGUACCAAAGACAACCUCGCACACAGGAAGCGGCCACAGCAUUUGUCCCCCCCCCCCCCCCCAAAAAAAGUCUUUUCUCUCAAGGUAGUGUCUUUUCUCUCAUCCAGUAAAAUAAUUUCUAUGUAAUGACUUGAUUUUAUACGGGGUGAAGAAAGGCACAAGUUUACAAGACUGAAUCAAAGCUGCUGUUUCUCUACAAGUUGGAUGUGUUUACCGUUGUUAAGCUACCGUGCGUGCGCGGUGACUACCAAAGCGUGUGCAGAAUGUCGACUGCGCUGCAUUUUCAGUACAAAGACAAAAUCGCGCGGCGUGCAUUCGCCGCGAUUUUCUCGGUCAUCUCGCUGCUUUUUAGACUCGCACUGCUCAACUCGAUACGUUCAUUUUAGUAUCUCCAAAGUGCUAAUCAUGAUUGUUCUCACUUUGGGCUGUAACAUGACUGAUUCAAUGUAUUUAUUCUUAUCACUUGAUUCUGAGGGCUUUUCAUUGAUCAGUUUGAGCUGAAAGUAUCAAUAAAUAAAGACCAUUUGAAUCAUAAAA